CUAAAUUUAUCUACCUCCUUGGCCAUAAAAGGCCAGGUCUAUGGCCCUGACUUUCUCCUGACUGCAGGCAUUAUUUUUGUACUGGCCUCCAGGGUCCAGUUUUUAGCCCUGCCUCUUUUUUUUCUUUCUUCAAUUCAACUUGGGUGGAUUCUUCAUUCCAUCAUUCAGUUCCACCUCUCCAUCGGAACCUUUCCACCAUCAUUAUUUAUUUGGACUUGAUAAUUUGACUCCUGAGACUCCUGAUUAAAACAAACCUCCAUAAAGACCUGCACAAAGUAGGGGGCCCACGAUGUCUUUGCCUUUCUACCAGAAGUACCAUGAGCACUAUGAUCGAGGUUACCGCAGCAAAGAUCUUCAAUCCACCAUGAGCCAGUAUCAGCAGGAGAAGAAAAGUUCUGCCAUCUACACUCAUGGCUCCACAGCAUACAGCCAUAUGUCUUCAGCCCACCGCCAGGCCUCUGAGGCCUAUGACUCCUCGGCCUCUAGGCAGGGCUCCCACAGCUACAGCCUUGGAUCUUCGGCCUAUUCCUUAGGAUCUGAAGUCAGUCAUAAAGCAUCAUCAGCCUAUGAUUAUGGCUAUGAUCUUGGACUUACAGAUUCUGCUCUAAUGAUAGAAGAUUAUUCCUCCAAGUCAAGUCCCAAAGCAAAAAGGGUAAAAAAAAGUCUUGUCUCUGGAGAAGAGAAAGAAAACCAGCCAAAAGACUACGUGGUACCUAUCUUCUCAGGGCGCCAAGUACAUGUCAAUGGAAUUACUGAUACAGAAGAGGAAAGAAUUAAAGAAGCUGCUGCCUAUGUUGCCAGAAGAAAUCUUAUGGCGACUGGUGAAGGUAUCACCACCACCAAGCAGUCCACAGUGUCCUCUCAGCAAGAGGAGCUUUUUGAGAAGAAAUCAAGAAAAGUGGCCAUACGGGAGAAGGCAGACCGCCUAGUACUAAGGAAAACAUUAGAAGAGACUGAGGAAUUUCAUAGAAAGUUGAAUGAAGAUAGCCUUCUUCAUGCUCCUGAGUUUGUCAUCAAGCCUCGUUCCCACACUGUCUGGGAGAAACAGAAUGUCAGAUUACACUGCUCUGUGUCAGGCUGGCCAGAACCACGGCUUACAUGGUACAAAAACCAUGUGCCCAUUAAUGUCCAUGCUAACCCUGGAAAAUACAUCAUUGAGAGCCGAUACGGAAUGCACUAUCUGGAGAUUAAUGCAUGUGAUUUUGAAGACACUGCUCAGUAUCGGGCUUCUGCCAUGAAUGUUAAAGGAGAGCUCUCCGCUUAUGCCUCCAUCGUGGUAAAGAGAUACAAAGGAGAGUAUGAUGAGACUCGUUUCCAUGCUGGAGCUUCCACCAUGCCCCUUAGCUUUGGUGUCACCCCAUAUGGCUUUGCUUCCAAGUUUGAGAUCCACUUUGAUGACAAGUUCGAUGUAUCUUUUGGAAGAGAGGGUGAGACGAUGAGUCUGGGCUGCCGGGUUGUAAUUACCCCUGAAAUUAAACAUUUCCAACCAGAAGUUCAGUGGUACAGAAAUGGGACACUUGUCUCUCCGUCAAAGUGGGUUCAAACACAAUGGAGUGGAGAUCGAGCAACAUUGACCUUUUCCCAUCUCAAUAAAGAGGAUGAGGGGCUUUAUACCCUGCGAGUACGGAUGGGAGAAUAUUACGAGCAAUACAGUGCAUAUGUCUUUGUUCGAGAUGCUGAUGCCGAGAUUGCAGGAGCUCCUGCUUCGCCCCUGGAUGUAGUCUGCUUAGAUGCCAACAAAGAUUAUGUCAUCAUCUCUUGGAAACAGCCUGCCGUGGAUGGAGGGAGCCCAAUCCUGGGUUAUUUCAUUGACAAAUGCGAGGUAGGCACAGACAUCUGGUCCCAGUGCAAUGACACACCCGUCAAAUUUGCACGCUUCCCAAUCACUGGAUUAAUCGAAGGUCGUUCUUACAUAUUUCGUGUCCGAGCUGUGAACAAAACUGGAAUAAGCAUUCCGUCCCGGGUUUCCGAACCUGUGGCAGCACUGGACCCGGUUGAUAGAGCCAGGCUUAAAAGUCAGCCUUCUGCGCCCUGGACUGGACAGAUCAUCGUCACUGAAGAGGAACCUGCAGAGGGUGUUGUUCCCGGGCCACCUACUGACCUCUCUGUGACAGAAUCCACCAGGAGUUAUGUUGUGCUUAGCUGGAAGCCGCCUGGUCAGCGAGGUCAUGAGGGCAUUAUGUACUUUGUGGAAAAGUGUGUGGCAGAUACAGAGAACUGGCAGAGAGUAAACACGGAGAUCCCUGUAAAGUCUCCUCGUUUUGCCUUGUUCGAUUUGGCUGAAGGGAAAUCCUACCGUUUCCGGGUUCGAUGCUCUAACUCGGCAGGAGUUGGUGAACCCUCAGAAGCAACAGAUGUUACUGUGGUUGGGGACAAACUUGAUAUUCCCAAAGCCCCUGGCCGAAUCAUACCAAGCAGGAAUACAGAUACUUCAGUGGUUGUUACUUGGGAGGAAUCAAAAGAUGCUAAAGAGUUGGUUGGGUACUACAUUGAGUCAAGUGUUGUUGGAUCUGGUCAAUGGGAACCAUGCAACAACAAUCCUGUGAAAGGCUCACGGUUUAUCUGCCACGGACUUGUUAACGGUCAAAAUUAUAUUUUCCGAGUCAGAGCUGUGAAUGCAGCUGGACUUAGUGAAUAUUCACAGGAUUCAGAAGCAAUUGAAGUGAAAGCUGCUAUUGGGGGAGGAGUGUCUCAAGGUGUGUGGCCUGAACUGAAUGAUAAAGCUGGUGGACUAACAGACUACAGGGGAGGCAUGCAUGAAGCCUCCCGGUCAACCUCUAAGAAAGCUGCUUUGCUUGAUAGUGGUGAUAAAUUUAACCAAUACACACCACCCAGUAGCUCUGAUAGACUGGACAAAGCAGAAGUCAGUAAAGUAAGUGAAAAAGUUCAGGAUAAGCAGGAACCUCCUCCAGCGUCGAAGAAGGGAGCCAUUAAGGGGAAAGCGGAAGUCAAAGAAGUAAGUGAAACAACAGUUCAGGAGGCUCUUGCGCCAUUGGCAGAACCACAGAAAGCAGCUGAUCAGGGGAAAAGUAAGUCUGAGCCUGCAGCCCCUGCAACUUUGGAAAAAGGGAAAAAGAAGAAGGCCGUAGCUGCUCCAUCUCCACCCUAUGACAUCACUUGUCUUGAGAGUUUCCGUGACUCAAUGGUUCUUGGAUGGAAACAACCAGAGAAGACUGGUGGAGCUGAAAUUACUGGCUAUUAUGUGAACUAUCGUGAGGUCAUUGGUGGAGUACCUGGGAAAUGGAAGGAGGCCAACAUUAAAGCUGUCAGUGACCAGGCAUACAAGAUAAGCAACUUGAAAGAAAAUAUGAUCUAUCAGUUCCAAGUGGCCGCUGUAAACCUUGCUGGAGUGGGGACUCCCUCUCAACCUAGUGCAUCCUUUAAAUGUGAGGAAUGGACCAUUGCUGUUCCAGGACCACCUCAUGGCCUGAAGUAUAGUGAAGUUAGGAAGACUUCCCUGGUUCUCCAGUGGAAACACCCGGUCUAUUCUGGUCGCACUCCUGUAACUGGUUUCUUUGUUGACAUGAAAGAGACAAAGGCUAAAGAUGAUCAAUGGCGAGGGAUAAAUGAGAAGGCAAUUCCAAACACAUAUUUGAAGGUCCAAAACCUCAAGGAGGGUGUCAGUUAUAUGUUUCGCGUCCGAGCCUUGAACCAGGCAGGGGUUGGGAAACCUUCUGAUAUUGCUGGUCCCAUUGUGGCAGAAACCCGGCCAGGAACCAAAGAGAUUGUCAUCAAUGUUGAUGAUGAUGGAGUCAUUUCACUGAACUUUGAAUGUGAUCAGAUGUCCCCAGACUCUAAAUUCGUCUGGUCCAAGGAUUAUGUACCAGUUGAAGACUCUCCUCGACUACAAGUUGAUACCAAAGGCAAUAAGACUAAAACUACUUUUAAAGACCUUGGAAUAGAUGACUUGGGAAUUUAUUCUUGUGACGUCACAGACACUGAUGGAAUUGCUGCAAGCUAUUUAAUAGAUGAAGAGGAGAUGAAACGCUUACUUGCUCUCAGUCAAGAACACAAAUUCCCAACUGUCCCACUUAAAUCUGAGUUGGCUGUAGAAAUCAUGGAGAAGGGGGAAGUUCGGUUCUGGAUGCAGGCUGAAAAGCUCUCAGGCAAUGCCAAGGUCAAUUACAUAUUUAAUGACAAGGAGAUUUUUGAAGGGCCGAAAUAUAAGAUGCGCAUGGACCGAAACACAGGAAUCAUUGAAAUGAUUAUGGAGAAGCUUCAGGAUGAAGAUGAGGGAACAUAUACCUUCCAAAUACAAGAUGGGAAAGCAACCAACAAGUCUACUCUUGUUCUUAUAGGCGAUGUCUAUAAAAACCUUCAGAAAGAAGCUGAAUUCCAGAGGCAAGAAUGGAUCAGGAAACAAGGACCUCAUUUUGCUGAAUAUCUCAGCUGGGAAGUGACUGGUGAAUGCAAUGUGCUGUUGAAAUGCAAGGUGGCCAAUAUUAAGAAGGAAACACAUAUUGUAUGGUACAAAGAUGAGAGGGAGAUAACAGUGGAUGAAAAGCAUGACUUUAAAGAUGGUAUAUGUACUCUGCUUAUAACGGAGUUUUCCAAGAAAGAUGCUGGUUUUUAUGAAGUGAUACUGAAAGAUGACCGAGGAAAAGACAAGAGCAGACUAAAACUUGUGGAUGAAGCUUUUAAAGACCUGAUGACUGAAGUCUGCAAGACAAUUGCUUUGUCUGCCACCGAACUGAAAAUCCAGAGCACAGCAGAGGGUAUCAGACUAUACUCUUUUGUUACUUAUUACCUGGAUGAUCUGAAAGUGAGCUGGUCCCACAACGGAACAGCUAUUAAGUAUUCAGACAGAGUAAAGAGCGGUGUCACUGGGGAGCAGAUUUGGUUGCAAAUCAAUGAGCCUACUCCAAAUGACAAAGGGAAAUAUGUAAUGGAGCUCUUUGAUGGCAAAACAACACAUGAGAGGAAAGUGGAUCUUUCUGGACAAGCCUACGAUGAAGCCUUUGCUGAAUUCCAGAGGUUAAAACAAGCGGCCAUUGCUGAGAAAAAUCGUGCCCGGGUGUUGGGAGGCUUGCCAGAUGUGGUCACCAUACAAGAAGGCAAGGCACUGAAUCUUACUUGCAACCUGUGGGGUGAUCCUGCUCCUGAGAUCUCCUGGCUGAAGAAUGAAAAGCCUCUGGCUUCAGAUGAUCAUUGUAUCCUGAAGCUAGAGUCUGGGAAGACAGCCUACUUCACCAUAACAGCUGUCCAAACUAAUGACUCUGGGAAGUACAGCCUGGUGGUAAAAAACAAAUAUGGUACCGAGACAAGUGACUUCACCGUAAGCGUGUUCCUCCCAGAGGAAGAGGCGGCCAAAGCUGCCUCUGAGACCCCAAAACAAAGUAAGAAGGCAAAGUGAACUUUAGGCUAAGGAAGAAAGGUAUGUGAGGAGAGAUGAAGCGGCCUGUGACAGGGGAAUGCAAGUGAUUUGAGCCAAAGAUAAGAAGCAUUCUUGGGACUGUCCACUGAGUUCUUAUGUUUGUGCUGCCCCUAGGGGCAUACGUGUGAAAUCUACCCACCGAUGAGGGCUACCUAUGCACACAGUUUUCCUUCCCAGUUACAUAAUUUCCUAAGCAAAAGGCAUGGAGAAAUAAAAGGCAAGACAUGAUUUUAAGGAAAAGGGCAGGAUGAGGUUAGUGGAAAGAGUGCCAGGGUGGUAAAGAGAUGCCUUCUAGGUCAUUAGAGUAGCUGGAAACCUUCUGCAGCCUGGACAGUUGGAGAGAAUGCCAUUAGAACGUAGCGUAGCAUGGCACACUGAGGCAAGGGGUUAAGCCAGCUGGUGUUUUUAUGUGCUACCUAAUAGAGAUUUGCAAGUUAUGUUAAUGCUGUUUUGAUGAUGAAACCCUCUUCACAUUGGCAAAUAAAGGCUCGUAUACCUUUCUUUUUAACCAUCAA